GAUUAAACACAAAAACACACCUCCUUGGCUCCCUUAACUAAACUCCGGUGUGCCAUUUAAGCCACCGCCUCUUUUUCUCUCUCGAAAACCAACUAAAACUCCGAAACAGGAAAUUCUCAACGCAACUUAGCACAAACACACUCUUUCUCUCUCUUCCAAAACCCCCAAUUCAAAACCCUGCAACUCAAAUUGCAGUUUUCCCGGCGAAAAACCUAAACCUUGAAAAUCAAAAUUAGGGCAAAAGAAGAAGAGAGAAGAUGUCGUCGACACUUCUCGAAGUAACUCGAGGUUCUCACGAAGAAGUAGAGAGGUUAGAGCGUCUCAUUGCCACUGAACUUCAAAGCGAAACUGCUUCUUCUAGAGACCGUCUCUUUCAGAGUCAUCGUGUUCGUUUCAUGAUUGAGCAUAUCAUUUCUACCACUGAUAAACUCGUUGAGAUUUAUGAAGAUAAAGAUAGUGCUCGAAAAGACGAAAUUGCUGCGCUUGGAGGUCAGACUGCUACUGGUACUAAUGUGUUUAGCGCUUUUUAUGAUAGAUUGAAAGAGAUUCGCGAGUAUCACAGGAGGCAUCCAUCUGCACGUGUCAUUGAUGCUGGAGAGGAGUAUGAGCAGAUGUUUAAGGAGGAUCCUGGGCUUGAUUUUAGCGGGGAGGAAGCUUUUGGCCGAUACUUGGAUUUACAUGAAUUUUACAAUAGGUAUAUCAAUUCAAAAUUUGGCGAACCCAUGGAUUACACUGGUUAUAUAGAGGUAUUCUCACAGCCACAUAAGAUUCCUCGCAAACGGAAGAUGUCAAGGCAGUACAGAGAGUACAUCACUGAGCUACUGGAGUAUCUGAUAUCCUUCACUGAGCGAACAGAGCCUUUAAAAGAUCUAGAUAGAAUUUUCUCAAAGGUAACAGCUGAAUUUGAAGAGCAAUGGGUGAACGGGACAGUAGAGGGAUGGGAGAAUGAGGCACGAGAGAACGGACAUGUUCCUCAGUCCACCAUGAUUGAUCUUGAUUAUUAUAGCACAGUGGAGGAGCUAAUCGAAUUGGGGCCGGAGAAGUUGAAAGAGGCCUUGACUGCACUCGGACUGAAAACAGGCGGUACUGUUCAACAAAGAGCAGAGAGGCUAUUCCUUACCAAGAACACUCCUCUUGAGAAUUUGGACAAAAAGCAUUUUGCUAAAACACGGCGAAGUUCAGGUCAAAAUGGUAAUGGUGAUGUGCCAUCUCAAGAGCAAGAAGAUAUUAAGGAAUUGGCCUUGGUGGAGGCCAAGAUGAAAAAGCUCUGUGAACUGCUUGGAGAGAUCAUAGUCCGGACACAAGAAAAUGCUGUGAAGAAACAGGGAAUGACUUGGGAGGAGCUUGAAAAAGAGCAUGAAGAGGAAGAUGUGCAGGCUGAUUCUGAAAGUGAUGAAGAAGAUCAGCCUAUUUACAAUCCUCUGAAAUUGCCAUUGGGUUGGGAUGGGAAACCAAUUCCAUAUUGGUUGUAUAAGCUCCACGGUCUUGGACAGGAAUUUAAAUGUGAAAUAUGUGGGAACCACAGUUACUGGGGUCGUAGAGCUUUUGAGAGACAUUUUAAAGAAUGGCGUCAUCAACAUGGAAUGCGCUGUCUCGGUAUUCCAAACACAAAGAACUUCAAUGAAAUUACAUCUAUUCAGGAUGCUAAGAAUCUUUGGGAGAAAAUACAACAGAGACAAGGAGUGCACAAGUGGCGACCAGACCUUGAAGAGGAAUACGAAGACCAGGAGGGUAAUAUCUAUAAUAAGAAGACAUACACUGAUCUACAGCGACAGGGUUUGAUAUAAGGGGGAGAAGCAGUAUUUCUGUAAAAUUCGCCAGGUCUUCUCGUGAAAAUUAUUGGCCCUCACCCCCAAAACAGCCUCCUCUCCCGCCCAGCUAUUUUUUUUCUCCAAGCAUAGUUGAUCCGGCUUAGGGUAAAGUGUAAAAGAAAUGCAACUGAGAUUUUGUGCUUGGAACAUUGUUAUAUUUGAGCUUUUCUCAGCAGUCUAGUUAUACAAGUAUCUGUAGACAACAGUAACCACUUUGUGCCAAGCAUUCAGUCGAUAAACUUCAUUCACCAUUUUGGUAAUUUUAUGUAGAUAUUUGGUUGGAGUCUGCCAUACUCCUAACUCAGCUUUGCUUC